AUGAACUUCACGACCAUCAAGGACCAGGCUUGCCGCAUCAUGUGGUCCCAGCGCGACCCGUCCCUCCGCCGCUCCGGCGUCGGCAACAUCUUCGUCAAGAACCUCGAUGAAACCGUCGACAACAAGGCCCUGUACGACACGUUCUCCCUGUUCGGGAACAUCCUGUCGUGCAAGGUUGCCACAGACGAUGCCGGCGAGAGCAAGGGCUACGGCUACGUCCACUACGAGGGCGGGGUGUCGGCCAACAUGGCCAUUGCCAAGAUCAACGGCAUGCUCAUCGCCGGGAAGCAGGUGCACGUGGGUCACUUCGUGCGCCGCGACAACCGUGCCGGCCAAGCCGACUGGACGAACCUCUACGUGAAGGGCCUGCCCAGCUCGUGGGACGACGCCAAGCUCCGCGAGGAGUUCGAGAAGCACGGCACGGUGACGAGCUGCAAGGUGCAGGUGGCGCCCCAAGAGGCGGACGAGUCUAAGGAGAAGGGCAAGGGCGGAGGGGGCAAGAGCCGCGGGUUCGGAUUCGUCAACUUCGAGGAACACGAGUCUGCCGUGAAGGCCAUCGAGGCACUGAACAAUGCGGAGGUGCCCGAUGGCGAGGGCACGACGACCUUGUACUGCGCGCGCGCCCAGAAGAAGAGCGAGCGUGCGCGUGAGCUGCAGUCCAAGCACGACCAGGUGAAGAUGGAGCGCAUGAACAAGUUCCAGGGCGUGAACGUGUACGUGAAGAACCUGGACGAGGGCGUGACGGAGGACGCGCUGCGCGAGGCGUUCGCCCCGUACGGCACGAUCACGAGCGCGCGCGUCAUGGUGGACAACGCGAACAACAACCAGAGCAAGGGCUUCGGGUUCGUGUGCUUCUCGGCGCCGGAGGAGGCCACCAAGGCCAUCACCGAGAUGAACGGGAAGAUGCUGCUCAACAAGCCCAUCUACGUGGCCCUGGCGCAGAGGCGCGAGGUGCGCCGCACGCAGCUCGAGGCGCAGUUCGCGCAGCGCACCGGUGGGAUGCCCCCCCGCGGCAUGCCCAUGGCCCCCGGCGCCCAGGGAAUGUACGGCAUGCCCUACUGGAUGGGAGCCCAGCCCGGCAUGCCCCAGCAGCCUCGGCAGUUCAUGAUGCCGCAGAUGAUGCCCAGGGGGCCCCGCGGACCCAUGCCCGCUUACGGAGGCCGCGGCAACUACCCCAUGCCUGCCUACGCCACCCCCGGACAGAUGCCCGGGCAGCCGCAGCCUCGCCGCGGAGCCGGGCCCCGCCAGCAGCGCGGACAGCCGCAGCCCCAGGGGGGACGCGGAGGACCGCAGGGAAGGGGAAUGCCCCAGCAGCCUCAGGGUCCCGGAGGCCCCGGCCGCGGCAACUUCAAGUACACCCAGGGCGUCCGCAACCAGCAGCCCGGAGCCCCCAACAUGCCUCCCCAGCAGCAGCAGCAGCAACAGCAGCAGCAGCCGGGUGCCCCCCAACAGCAGUCGAUGCCGGCUCCCGGCCCGCAGGCUGCGCCGGCCACGAACGAGUCUCUGUCUGCGGCGGCUCUCGCCGCUGCGCCCCCGGAGAAGCAGAAGAACAUGAUCGGGGAACGCCUGUACCCUCUCAUCUACGAGGGCCAACCGGCCCUGGCUGGAAAGAUCACCGGCAUGCUCCUCGAGAUGGACAACGGAGAGCUCCUCCACCUGCUCGAGUCCCCGGAUUCUCUCGCUGCGAAGAUCAACGAGGCUCUGCAGGUCCUGAGCGAGCAUCAGCAGGAGAACAACUAGGGGAACACCAACGGACCGCGCAGUUGGAAGCGUUGCCACCAAGAAAACACGGCGGCGUAGUAGAUGGUCUUGCGCCUUGGUCGCUGCUUCGAUUGAUUCGAGGAAUCCUGGUUCGUUUGAGCAGAGUCGUGCGGGUUGGGCUGUCCCCACCGACACUCGUUUUCGACUAUUCGUCUACCUCACGUUGUGCUUGUCGGGGUAGUUGCGGUGCGCUCGUUGCUGUUUCGGUUCAGUACCGUCCGAGUGUUUUGAGUUUUACCAGUGCAGGGGGGGGGGGGUCUGCGACAGGGUCGAAUGUGGAGGGGUCGAAACCUUCCCAGCACGAGGGUACUGCUGCAGUAGCGCGGAUUGCGGAUGGGCUUUAGUGCGCAAGCAUGUUCCGUCGACCACCCCGCUUGUUUUUCGGUCCAUACGGUACGCGUGUUCUGGCGGUUUCUGGGUUGGACGUCUUUGCUGCCGUGUUGGCGUAUAUGUUGUCGCUCCUUUCGGGGCGUCAAGUUGGUUGCCAUCGUCACAGCACCGCUGAUGAUGUUGCUGCUUUCUCCUACUAUUGGUGCUUUUGGUUCCGUCUUGCCUUGUUGGGUGUACUGCUGCCGGCCUUGUCGUGGGUUCGUCUCUUGCGAACGCGGCUGCGCGUCUUGCUUGCGCAAAACCACGCUGCUGUUGUAGUUGGAGCUCGUCGCGGGGGUGGAAAAAAAAAAACUCUUGCUUUCAUUGAGUGGUUUGUUGUCGUCCUCGGGCCGCGGCAUGGUGUACCAUUCGUGUUUUCGAGAGCGAAAGGCUUGGGGGCAUCUUUCUGGCUCCACACCGGAAGCAAUUCGUUUCUGGAAGUCGUGCGUUCGUGAUACCGUCGCCGAUGCAAUUCGCUACGCGUUCGCGCAGCACGUUUGUUGUCCUUCCUGCGUGCAGGCCAUGACCGAUUCACUUUCCUUCGUUCGAUGGAGUCUCUCAUCUUAUCAUCCUGUCUUCCACCCUGAUGUGCAUGUAUCCCACCGUCGAAGCGGCACGCAGCAGCUUGCUGUUAACGUAGGGCCGA